AUGCUGCCAGCCUACGAGCGACGCACGGGGCGGAUCAGCAGUCUUCACGAAUUCCAGCAACGUGCCGCUCGCUACAACAGCAACAAUGGCAAUGAGACUCGUGCCAACGACAGGACGCCCAUGUCGGAGCUGCUGAGGGACGAGCACGAGGCCGACGCUUUGGACACGUUCGUUGAAGUCACUCCUACGCAGCGCGACAGUGACGGAUCGGACUCGGCCGAGUCUUUUCGGAAAUACGGUCGAAGGAGGUCGGCUUCGGGGGCGUCUCUUUUUGGCGGCGAGCGAAGUCGCGCUUUGGAUAAAGCGUCGUACUACCGGCGACAAGUGAAAGCGGUUUGCUUUUUGGUCCUUUUGGGUGUCAUUGGAGGACCCAUGAAUUACGGCAUUCGAGUACUGUACAACCACCUCCUCGAUCUGAGAGAACACCUUGUUGACCAGACCUCGGCCUAUGUGUGGCAGCUCGCUAUCUGGGUCGCCCACACUGUGCUUUUCUCGGGACUGGGACUAUUCUUCACCCAAUUGGCGCCAGCUGCUGCCGGGUCCGGGGUUUCUCAGAUGAAAUCGAUCCUCACAGGAAUCGAUCCACGCAUGUACCUCCCUGGGUACUUUGACUUCCCCACUUUUUUGGCCAAAGUUGUCGGUUUGGUCUGCUCUGUUGGUGCCGGUCUGAUCGUGGGCACAGAAGGAGCGUAUGUACACAUCAUGUCGAUCGUCACUCACCACUUGCUGAAAACACCAAUGUUCAAGGGACUCAGCGUGCACCUUAAUGGUCGACUUCAACUGCUUGCUGCGGCAUGUGCAGUUGGUGUCUCGUCGUUGUUUUCGUCGCCUAUAGGUGGCGUGCUUUUCUCCUUGGAAGUAACGUCGACGUACUACCUCACGUCCAACUACAUCAAAGCCUUCAUAAGCGCCGUAUCAGGAGCAGUGAUGCUACGCUUGACGCUGGUGCUGGCCAGCAGUGAAGCUAACCUUGCGACGGAGGCAGUGUUGAGGACGCAAUUCCCACCCAGUCCGUUUAGUAUUUGGGAAAUCCCUCUUUACAUUCUUCUCGGUGCGCUACUCGGACUGAUUUGCACCGUGAUGAUGUGGUUCUUGCGCAAAGUUGCCGAGCGCAGAAGUGCACUUCGAAAGGCCUCGCAAACGUGGAAAAAAGUGCUUGUCACGUGGAUUGACCCGCUUGUCGUAUCGACACUGACGGCUGUACUGACUUUCGUGCCUGGCAAAUAUGCUCGCCAUAGCUCCAUGGAUGAUCUCGCCAUUUUGUUCACAGGAGAGGAACUACCGUCAGGAUGGCAGAUGGUGUCCAAAUACUACACGCUUUCAAUUCUGUCUGCUGUGUUCAUUUUCUUGCUGCCGCUGUGCAUCACUUUGAAGAUCCCCACUGGAAUCUGGGUGCCAACAUUUAUUGCCGGCGCUGCAUUGGGCCGCAUGUUUGGAGAACUGGUCACAUCGUUGUUUCCGAGCUUGGAUGCCAUUCCUGGCACGUACGCGCUAGCUGGGGCAGCAGCGUUCGGGUCUGCUGCAACUCGGGCAGUUUCCGUUGCAGUCAUCACGCUAGAGAUUACGACAGCAAUGUCGAUGACGCUUCCGCUCUUUUGUGCAUCGCUGGCGGCAAUCGCAGUGUCAAGCCUGUUCAAAGAAAAAUCCGUCUACGACACGCUGCUAGUGGUAAACGGGAUGCCGUUCCUACCUUUCAUCGACUUUGAACCAACGAUGAUUGCAGCUGACGUCGUGGAGCCGUGCUUGGUUUACAUCCAUAAGCGGACAACGAUCGCUCGGAUCCUGCUUGCACUCCAGCGUCUGCCACACCACGAGAUUCCGGUCGUUCAGGACGAAGGGUCGAUGAUUUUGUUAGGUGUCGUAAGUGGCUCACAGUUGCGAAGGUUUGUGAGGAACUACUACCAGGCAAACAACCUCGGUGCUGUUGACGAAGAUCUUGGUGAAAAGCCGAAGAAGAAUCCGUCUUUGAUGUCAUGGGUGACUGUGAAGGAAAGGCUCACGCAUCACACUUUGACCGACAACAGCGGCGGCUUUAACGGGAUCGGUUCCAUCGACGUCACGUACAACGCUUUGUCGACGCAGAUGCCCCACGUGAUCGGUGCUGGGGCCUCACUUCCGUUCUUGAUGGACGACUCCAAGAUGCUAGGACUGUUGAACGAUGCUUGGGACGCCACCAAAGCUGAAAAACUCAAUCGCACCGUAAAAAUCACGGAGGGGCGGAUCUGUAUCAUCCGCCCCAUGGCGAUGACCAUCUCCAGCAAUACGCCUCUCGACGAUCUUCACAUGAUCUUUACAAUGCUACGAUGUGACCACUGCUUCGUGUGCGACUAUGGAGCUCUGGAAGGUGUGGUCACCACCAAAGGACUGUUACGCUCCGGGAAGUUUACGGACUCCACGUAG